UUUCAUCCUGACCUACACCUACUUCCGCAUUCCGCUGCAGCAAAAGACAACCUUGAUGUAUCCCGAUCUCGGAAGUGGCACCUCUUGGAAUAUAUCCUCGUCAGGCUGCGUGACCAACAGAACGUGCUGAUGACAAGGGAGGUGCCGAUUGCCGACGAGUGGACCGAUCGCCGUCUCGUCAUCUCCAAGAUGAAGAUCCGCCUUUACCCACGCAGGAGACCCCAAGCAUUUGACAUGGUGAAUCGCACUGGACUUUGGAAAGUCAUGCAGAACUUUGGCUGUGCCGAGCGCCUCGCGCACAUGGUAUGUCGGCUCCAUGGUGGGAUGAUGGCGUGCGUACCGGACGACGGGAUGGUUUCCGAAGCCUUUGCAGUAACCAAUGGAGUGAAGCAGCGCUGUGUCCUCGUGCCUAAUCUCUUCAGUCACAUGUUCUCUGUCAUACUGAUACGUAUGCAGGUCCCCAAGCACGUCUCCAUGACCACAGUUCAUGACCUGCUGUUCGCGGGCGACUGCGCUCUCAACACCACAACCGAAGCGGACAUGCAAAGGAGUAUGGAACUCUUCGCCGCAGGUUGCGCAAACUUCGGUCUCAAAAUGAACACGGAUAAAACGGUGUUCAUGCAUCAACUGCCACCGGGUGCUGACUAUAAUGCUCCUCGUAUUAAUGUCAACGGCGCCGAGCUCAGUACGCUAUCCCGCAACAGCAGAAUCGAUGACGACGUUGCUCGACAAAUCUCUAAAGCCAGCCAAUCAUUCGACCGGCUACAAGUCUCCGUGUGGAACCGUCACGUUCUCCAGCUGCCCAGAAAACUGAAAGCAUACAAGGCCGUCGUGCCCACGACACUCCUGUGUAGA